UGUCAUUUUCAUUUCCAAUUUUUAGUUGUUUAGUAAAUUUUCUAUCGUGGGAUUUUCUUAAAGUUAAUUACUUUAACAGUUUUCUACUUAAUUUUCAGUUAUUAUUAAAAAGCAAUUCAAAUGGUAGUUGUCGAAGUGUAUCAUCAAACAAAAUCAACAAUCGUCAAGAUGACUAGCACAGCUUCAUCGUCUACCUUGGUUAACACAGUUUCGUCGGUAUCUGGUGGCUCCACUGCGGCUGGAAUCUCUACCACAGGAGGAGUAGAAUCACAGACGGCUACAAAACCAGCAUAUCCACGACUCUUUAACAAAAUUGUGCUAACGUUGGAAAAUAGUCUUAUAUCGGAGGCAAAGCUCAACGCAACACCAUCACAUGUGGACGGUUUGGAUCCGGAGACGGAGAAAGAUUUACGGAUACUUGGAUGCGAACUAAUACAGACCGCAGGCAUAUUGCUUAAAUUGCCACAGGUCGCAAUGGCUACGGGACAAGUAAUAUUUCAGCGUUUUUUUUAUUCGAAAAGUUUCGUGCGUUAUAAUAUGGAAACUGUGGCCAUGAGUUGCGUUUGUUUAGCGUCGAAAAUUGAAGAAGCCCCCCGACGCAUUCGCGAUGUAAUCAACGUUUUCCAUCACAUUAAACAAGUGCGCGCGCAAAAAGACAUAACACCAAUGAUUUUAGAUCAAACGUAUACAAAUCUGAAGACACAAGUUAUAAAAGCGGAGCGCCGUGUACUUAAAGAACUAGGUUUUUGUGUGCAUAUAAAACACCCGCAUAAAUUAAUUGUAAUGUACUUGCAAGUAAUGAAAUAUGAAAAGAACGAAAAACUUAUGCAAAUGUCGUGGAAUUUCAUGAACGACUCUCUGCGCACAGACGUUUUUAUGCGCUAUCAACCUGAGACUAUUGCUUGCGCAUGCAUAUAUUUGAGUGCACGAAAACUGGGAAUCCCUCUACCAAAUAAUCCUCCGUGGUUCGGUAUAUUUCAAGUAAGCGAGGACGCCAUAGUUGAUAUAUGUUACCGUAUUACGGAAUUGUACAUGCGAAAUAAGCCAAAUGUAGAGAAAUUAGACGCUGCUGUGGAGGAAUUAAAGAAACGUUAUAUGGAGUCGCGCAACAAAAACAAGGAGCAAAAUACGCCACCAGCAGUUACCACCGUAGAUCGCAACAAUGGUUCACAUAACGCAUGGGGUGGCUUUAUACAACGUACAAUUCCUUUACCGCUACCUACAGAAAAUAAGUCACCAAAUAAAGACUCGCGUUCACGUUCGCGAUCUCGUUCACGAGGUUCACGCUCACCAAAAUUUGCAUCGCGUUCACGAAGUCGAUCGCGUUCUGCUUCAACUGGGACAGUCGAAUACAAAACACGCAACAAAAAAUCGCACCGUUCUCGCAGUCGAUCGCGUACUCCCCCAGUAACUAAAAAUAAGAAAAAAUCCAGGCACUACUCACGUUCGCCUUCAAGUUCACCACACGCAAAACAUCGCAAAAGGAAAUCAUCAAGGGAGCAUGAUCGUAAUGAUUAUUACUCUAGCAAGGAACGUAUGAGUAGCAGUGAUAAAUACCGUGAACGUGACAAGUAUCAGGAGUACAAAGAGUCAAGCAAACAUCAUCACGGCUAUUCGAGCAAACACCAUCACGGUUAUUCGAAUCGCGGCUCAACCCAUCGCGGUGGCCAUAAGCAUCGUUCAAGUGAUCACGAACGCUCUCGUGAUCGUAAAAGGUAAUUUGAUUUUGAUUUUUUUAACAGAGUCAAAUACCUCGUUGGUCGACCACACACGUUCUAAUUAUAAUUUUAUUGAAUCUACAUUUGUGUGAAUAAUAGUAAUCUUAGUAAAUGUUUUCAUAUGUUGCAUUCAAAAAUAAAAUAUGCUUGGAAUCAAGGCGAAUCUAUUAAUAAAUGCGCAUUGAUUUCGAAUCAGA